GAACGGGCAGUGGUAUCAGCAACAUCAGACCCAGUGGCUGAUUCGUUUCCAGACGGUGACUGACAGCUGUGCAGGCAUCAUAUCCAAGACUGCAGCUGCAGAAAUGAAAGAGGUUUUGCCUAUCAUCGACCCCGAGGAGCUCCAGCGCCUCGGCUCAUGGGCGCGAGUUCUGCAAACGAUGUGCCGCAAUCCGGCUUCCGAGGAGGAGCUCUCCAAGAGCCGCAUGAAGAAGCGAUCUCUGGAGCUCUGGGAGUUUCGGGUGCGGAAGGAGAUCUUGGAUAAGAUGGCCGCCAACUUCGAGCAUCGCUUGACCACUAGCAAGCGCCUACUGCAGAUCCACUUCCUUCGAUCACCAGUCCAGGUCUUGUCAGAGUCCGGCGCGCUCAGAGCUCUCCGGUUGGGCCGCACAGCGCUGCAAGGAGAGCCUGGAAAGCAGGUGGCGGUGCCAAGCGACCUGCCAGCCCUGGAUCUGGAAUGUGGCCUGGUCGUUCGGAGUGUGGGCUUUGACAUCCUGCCUUUCCAGGGGCUCCCACUGAGCGACCGCAACAGAGUUCCGCACGUCAACGGCUGCGUUGAGCCGCCUUCAGAAAACCUGGGCGGACUCUACGUCUCGGGAUGGGUCAAGCGUGGACCCCAAGGUAUCAUUGCAUCAAACAUCGGUGAUGCCCAGGAGACAGCGGCGAAGGUAGUCAUGGACACCCAGGGCAAGCCAGCGAAGGCCUGGUCGACGGAUCCCGUGUUGGAAGCCCUGACAGAGUCAGGAAGCCGCGUCGUAGAGUUCCGGGACUGGCAGACUCUCGAGGCCGAGGAGCUGCGACGUGGACAGGAGACGGGAAAGGCAGCUGCCAAAUUCACGAGUGCUACAAUUCCUCGCGCGGGCGUAGCUCGGUUAAUAGCCGAAUGCGGAGAUGGAGUGACACCGCAGACUGCGGAUCCAGACCAGCACUUCGUGCGCAUCGAUUGGCAGAAAAAAAUGCUGUUCAAGCUGCCUCGAGGUGCAGCUGUGCUCCGCCUUGGGUUGCGAGCUCCCUUCGGCUUGCAGGCCAGCUACGUUGCCGCGGUGCCACCAGCAGAUGUGGAAAUGACCGAUGCGGAGAAAGGUGCAGCAAAGGACCGGCAGUCUGCCCCUGCUCCGGCAGCCAGUCCCGUCUUGCGGCAGGAGGUGGAAAUCAAAUUUCCCCAGCUCAGCAAGCCUUAUGCUUUUGCCGUCCUCAUACUGGUAGUGAAGCUUUCAGACAAGCGAGACGACAAGCAGAAGGCGAUGGAAGUCGCGAGUGCCAUGGUGCUCUGGUUGAAAACGUCCUUGGAAGCACAGCGGGGAGCCGGGCACUGGCAAUCGCGGGAGGCCUGCCUCCGGCAUGACCAGAUGGGCCAGGCAACGCUGCUGAAUCUGCUGUUGCGAAACUACCUGGCAUACAAUCUCUAUGACCAGGUGGAGCUGCUCAUGGGUGGAGUUCCCGAGCGAUCGUUCUUCACCCAGAAGGAAUUGAAGGAGCACCUCCGACCAUACUAUGUCCGGGGCUCGGGUCGGAAGCCUCCGGACGUGUUCAAGGAAUGCACCAAGACGUACGAGGCGUUGUUCAAGAAGGACAAGACGCUGACCCUCAUCAAUCGUUUGAGAUACAAUGUCGAGAGCCUGGCUGCCGGCGUUGUGGCCAAAGCUGUCGUAGACGGGGUGAUUGAUGCGAGCCCUGCUGCAAUUGCCACGAUCGAUUACGACCAGCAGUUUGUGAAGUCCAACCAGAAGAUAGACUUGUACCACUCUUGCGCUCUGCACAAGCGCAUUGCCUUCUGCCUGCAGAUGCACAAUGAUGCUGUGAAAGCCAUGGCGUACCCGGACGAAAACGACAACAAGGACGCCGAGGAUCCGGAAGAGAAGCGAGAGAGGGAGAAGCGUGAGUUGGCCAACAUCGAAGAAGAUGGUGGCGAUGAUGACAUGAUGAUUUAG